GAUGGAAAGGUACGGGGCGGAAAACGAAAAGGGCGGCUGCCAGAAAAGGGUGAAAAUUAAACGGUACAAGGCGAACGCACGCGAAAGGAACAGAAUGCACGGAUUGAACGCUGCUUUGGAUGCUUUAAGACGAUGCAUGCCAAUUCAAACAACGCACUCGGAAGUGAAUUCAAAUCCCCAAAAAUUAUCAAAAAUUGAAACAUUAAGGCUGGCAAGGAAUUACAUAACAGCGAUGUCUCAAACUCUACACGAAGGACGUUCAAUGGAUUUGACCAGGUUUAUUAGAAUUUUGUCUAGAGAAUUGAGCCAAACAACUGCGAAUUUGUUGCGUGGUACUUUGAUGGUACCACCAAGUGAGGAGCAAAUGUACAAAAGACAUUAUUAUAGCGGUUACUGCUACGAGCCUUUUUAUAAUGAUAGUCGAUUUUAUCCGAAUAAUAGCUUCAGUAUGCAUUAGCGAUAUUUUAUCGACAGUGUUUGCUCAGCAAUAAGCGAUAACAGCAUUAGCGUUUACGCUCAAUUUAUUAAUUAAUUUAUUGUUUUUUUCUGUUAUAUUUUAUCGCAACAGUCUAGUCAGCCGAAUGAUCUCGUUAUGUGUUUUGUUUUAUCUGUAAAUAAAUGGUUUUUGCACAAAUUAAUCCAAUAUUUUCAGUCCCUGUAAGAACUUUUCCUGAUGAGAAUAAAGAGAAAAUGCUUUGAAUUAUGUAUAUAUAUAAUCAUAAUGACCGACAAAAUUAAUUGAUUGAUUUGAAAGGGUUGUGAACCACAGGUGCUUCGUGUGUACCUAACAAAAAUGUCUGUAAAACCAAAACCAAGUUCCAAAAUCACAAAGUUCCGAUUUUUGUUAAAAU